AUGCGACACGUGGCUAUUCUCUUCUGCGGCCUUUUGGCUUCUCCUUUCCUCCGAUUUUUUCUUUCUUUUUGCUUCUCAUUUCCUACGAUUUUUUUAUUUUCUUUAUACGGAAGGCACUGGAAGCUCCAUUUUAAUAAUCCCCCUCAAAUUCUUCUCCCCGAAACCCUAAUUCCCCCACAAAUUACGAACCCCCAAAUUCUCAUCCGGCGAGACUCCCUCAGCCCCCGCCGCCGCGGUAGCAAGAAAUCCCACCCCACCGCGUUGACACCUCCGUCUUCUUCAUCCAAGAAGAACCCAAGCGGCCCACCAAAGCAAACGAAGCCCCGAGCACCCCCGCUGUUUCCGACCAAAUCCCCGACGCUGACAACGCUGAAACGAGCUAUGCUGGAGACGGUCCAGCGAGUUAGACUCGUGCUUCACCAGAAGGAAGAAAGCAUGCAGGAGGAGUGCACUAGACCCCAGCGAGCGAGGGUCCCGUAG